AUGGAUCAGUCACCUUCCCAAGAUAGCGUAUCCUCCGAGCCAGACCUGACUCCCCAAGACUUCAGUUGCUCGGACGCCUUGGACUCUGUUCUUUCCGUCCAUCACGGCCCACAAGUGGCUAUUCGCGUCGCAUCGAGCGAUAGGGUCUUUCACGUCUCAAGGGGGCUGCUCGCAGAACACUCACCAUACUUCGCCAGGAUGUUCUUCGGCCCCUUCCAGGAGGGUCAAGCACAGGAGGUGGUGUUGCAGGACAUCGAUGGCGUUGUAUCCGAAGCCAGUGUUGCAACACUCCUCAUGUGGAUCUACACAAAGGACGUCAAGUUGACGUGGACCCUUGACGAAUCCGAUGGUAUCGCCUGGCAAGAGCGAUACAUCUCCGUUAAUCUCGAGUUCUUGAGGUGUGCCGAUAUGUACGGUGUCCGGGGAGGCUUCGAAACAACAGUUGCAGAGUCUUUGAUGAUGGUCCUACGAGAGGGAUCAGAUCUGAACUCACCUCACUCGGAUAUCGCCAUCUACGUCACAGAGGAACACAUGGCGUCUUUGGAGGUUCUGCCUGUUGACCACCCUGUUCGCCGGGAAAUGGUCAAACUGUUUGUUUCCUUUUACCUGAAGCCGCCUUUCGACAGAACGUAUCAUGAUCUGCGCUCGGCACCACGCUUCUCUGCGGACAUUCUAGUUGAAUUACUGGAUAACCUCGGCUCUCUUCGACUCUGCGUUGACACGAUUCUCGACCGACUCAAUUCUGUUGACCAGAUUGGACAUGUGGACAUUGAGCUUGGCCAACUUGAGCUUGCUCCAGAAUGA